GUUAGAUAUUAAAAUACUACAUAUCUAGAAUUAGUUCCUUGAAAAAAACACUUAUAAAAGAGUCAUAGACAGAUGUAUUUAAUAUUGGUAUACAACUAUUAUAGUUAUUCAUUAUUAAGUUGUGAUAAAAUGAAGAGAUUAUUCCAAAAUUUGUUAUUAUGCAUAUUAUACUGUAUGUAUUUAAAUUUCUGUUAUGCUGAUUCACAUGGUGAAAAAUUGAGUAAAUCUGAGUUUGAUAUAUGUGUUCAAGAAUGUGGUAAUCAAUAUGAAGAAUGUUCUAAAGCAAUACGUGAAUUAUGGAGAAAUUUUCAAAAAAAUAAAAAACAAAUUAUGAAAGUUAUGAAUAGUUGUUGUUUACGUGGUCAAGGUGAUCAUUCACAACCAUCAACAUUAAGUUUUGCUACAUGUGUACGUGAUAGAUGUGGUGCAGAAUUAUGGGGGUAAGUGAUUAAAAUGAUUCUUUUUUCCAUAUUUUACAAACAUGUUCAAAUAAAGGAAUCAAUUUUAUUGGUUUCAUUAUAUGUUAUAGUCUAUUACACAUUGUUAUUCACUUGUAAUGCUAU